CUUAUUCAAUAACAUUCAUGCAUCUCAAUCUUUUUGAAAGCACUCUGCUCUUCUGAGGCCUUGUGCGACCUUAAAUCCGGUUUCCUUGGCUCUGUUGUUUUCAUGCAUCACACCAUGAUCUCGUAAAGAAGUUCUCAACACGGAACAAACACUUGAUAGUAUUUUAUAUGCAGCCGAUGUCCACCAACAGUCGGUUUCAUUCACAGCACCAUGGGUAACGGUCCCUCUAUAUCUGUGCGCACGCCGCAAGAGCAUCUGGAGCACAUGUGGAGAAAUCCUAGUCCACUCGCACAUUCCUGUCCACCCGGACAUGUCCGCGUAUAUCUUCUUCCAGAAUGGACUCGGGGCAAAAACCCGAUGAAAGAGCCAUGGGCCGCACUUAAAACUGACUUUGCGCUCGGACCUAUGGGUGAGUUGGAUUUGAAGAAAGUGAAAGGUAAAUGGGCCCUGGAACGGUGUUCGGCGAUCGAUCUGGAGAGAAUGCAGCCGUUUGAGGAGCAGUAUAAAGGGAGAUUGUCGCUGCUUGCUUUAAAAGUGUUGGCUGAUUCGAAGGGUAUUGUUUGGAUGUAUGAACCGACGCCCUCUGAAGACACCACGUCCAUGCGCGCAGACCGUCUACGUAUUGUGCGGCAGUACGAUGCCGCAGUUGAAUACAUUUUGGAAGCGACGCUAGGUCGCAUCUCAAAACUACUCGAUAACGGUGUAGUGGGACAAAGCGUGUCUCAUUACUACCCCGAAUACUCUGGUGUUGACCCAGGCCUUCCCGACGUGCCGCAGGAGGCCCACAGCGAGGAAGCAUCGGUCAAGGAGAACGUUGGGGAGGCCGAAUGUGACAAAACUAGCGCAGCUCUAUAUCAACAGCAACGACAACUUAUAUUCUUUGCGGUGCUUUUGUUCUUAUUUUUCUCUGGCGCGCUGGGUCGAUAUGCUCAAUUCGGGAGGGAUCUUGCGUUUGGGUGGUGAGCAUUUGAUUGACAAUCUUUCUACUGAUGACUAUGCCUAUAUGCCCUUCCUCAUGUUCACCAUGCCGUUUGCACAUGCUUUCAUACUCCGUGAUUUCCUACCACCGCAUACUUAAUUGGUCCACUUGUAGUUUUUAAACAAUCAACUAUGCACAAUGUUUUUUUCUUGACAA